AUGCGAGUCAAGCUAGAGCUCACGCAAGGCUCAGGCGUGUUCGGGCCUUCGUCAAGAUGGAGUAAUAAAGACAUGGAUCCCGUUCCGCCUCACCUCCGCACGUGGACAACUUGGAACUACAUCGCUUAUUGGGUCUCCGAUGCGACCAACGUUGCUGUAUGGCAAUUGGCGAGCUCCAUGUUGGCCGUUGGGCUGUCAUGGCGACAAGCACUUUCUGCAAUUGCAGUUGGCCACAUUAUCAUAGCGUUUGUUGUGGUUUUGAACGGAACGAUUGGAGCGCGUCUGCACAUCGCAUUUCCUGUCCUGAAUCGGUCCUCGUUUGGGUUCUGGUUAAGUUACUUCAGCGUGAUUAGUCGAGUUGUUUUAGCCUUGUUUUGGUUUGGAAUUCAAACGUUUACCGGCUCGGAAUGCGUUUAUCAAAUGUUGAAAGCUAUCUGGCCCUCAAUUGUGCACAUUCCGGAUCGCUUACCAGAAUCAGCCAACAUUAGCACCGUCGGCCUGAUGUGCUACUUCUUAUAUUGGUCAUUUCAGUUUCCGCUGAUGUUCGUUUCUCCUCAGCGGAUUCGCUACCUUUUCACCGCGAAGUCCAUCAUCGUACCUUUUGCAUGGCUGGCGAUAAUGAUAUGGUCCUUUAUAAAAGUCCCCGCCAAGAUCCAUCUAGAAUUGCAACUCGCGAGUUUGAGUGGAAGUGCACUUGCUUGGGGGUGGCUGAGUGCACUAAAUAGUGCACUCGGAAUCUAUUCCACUCUCUCCGUUAAUAUUCCAGAUUUUACGCGUUACGCAAGGAAUGAACGCGCCCAAUUUAUCCAACUCAUCAUCAUCCCAAUCGCCUUUACCCUAAUCGGAUUUACAGGCAUAGCUGUCACCUCCGCAGGUCAAGUUUUGUAUGGCGAGGUUAUUUGGGACCCUCUUCGCCUCAUAGACCGCUGGGACAACCGGGCAGCAGCGUUUUUCGCAGCCUUUAGCUUUUUUCUGGCCACAUUGGGGACCAAUAUAUCCGCCAAUAGUUUGAGCGCUGCUAAUGACAUGACAGUCCUUCUUCCACGGUUUAUCGACAUUCGACGGGGCCAGGUUAUCUGCGCGAUUUUGGGUGGAUGGGCGCUCUGCCCUUGGGACAUAUUGGCAUCAGCCCCUAAAUUUCUUUCUUUUAUGUCUGGUUACACGGUUUUUUUGGGCCCUUUUGCCGGAAUAAUGGUUGUUGAUUACUGGCUUAUCCAUCGAGGAAAUGUUAACGUUCCUGCGAUGUAUGAUCCCCAGGGCAUUUACCGGUAUUGGAAUGGAAUCAACUGGAGAGCUGCAGUCACGCUUCUGGUCUCUGUUGUGCCAAACCUACCUGGCUUGAUCAACAACAUCAAUCCCAAUAUCAAGGUCGGCAAUGCAGCGUUUCUGUUCAAUAUUGCCUGGAUGUUCGGGUUUUUCACUGCUUCGGGAGUCUACUGGCUGCUCUCGACGUUGUUCCCUGCCCACGAGACAUUCAUGGAUCAAGUCAUCCUCGCCGAAGAUUUCCUUGAAUCCAAUUCCGCAGCUUCGAACGAGAUCAACGGCGAAGACGUGAAGCAAAAUCCAUGA